UGUUGUUGAAAUUAGACAAAGGAAAGUAAGAAGUAAGGCUAUAUAAGUUAACAAAGGUGGGAGGGAGGCAAAAUAUGUCCACGGAUUUGUUUCCAAGAGUGUUUUACGGUUUUGUACGCAUUAGAACAGUUGGGAUUUCCUCAAUCAAUUCUGGUUUUCUCCACCCUCUGAAAUUCAUUUACUUGCCAUUUUCUGGGGAAAGGGAGGGAGAGGGAGAAAGAAGAAACCCAAGAAGAGAUUUUGAGUGGGGAGAAGGGGGUCGCUGAUGAGUUUAUGAAAGGGCCAUGGGAACAGCUAAUUUAUAGAAGUGUGCCUGAUUCUUGUCUUAUUUAAGAAGCUCCCCCCCCCCUCCGCCAGCCUCGCAAAGAAAGAAAGAAACCAGCCCAGGAAAUAUUAAUUUGCAAAGUUUAGAAGAAGGGGAAAGCUGCUGGUUUUAUGCUUCUGUUUAAUAGCCUGGGUUCUUUAAUGCAGUCGUAAAAAAGAAUGUGCAGCAGCCUCUCAACGGAAAGUAUUCAGCCAAUGGUCACUCUGGACUGGAGAAAGUACAUGGGGGGGCAGGAGAGAUGUUUGCAAUACAUGGAUACUACAUACGACUACAUGCAUAAGACAUGCGAACAAUUACCCACCAUUUGGUAAGAGCGACGGGGGUAGGUAGAUAGAUACUACAUUCUGCCACACCAGAAAAAAAAAACCCCAGGAAACCUUCAUAUCCUGUGGACCUUCUGCCUCCCCCCGCCCCACUUUCCCAAGUACUUGGACGAGACAUUUCCUGUGGGCAGGGGAUACUUAUUUCCUUCAAGGGACGCCUUCCAGCUAUUUUCAGAUGGGAAGAUUCAACCAUUGGACCAAAGACAAAAAGAAAAUAUAAGCAUAUUACUUCUACAAUCUUUAUUUGUUUAAAAAGCACACACACACACAAAAUACAUAGAAAGGGCAUUCAUAGCUAGCUAAGAUACUCUAGGCUCCCUAUGUUCUUUCCCUCAGUCUCUCUCUGUGUGUUUUAAAAGAGGGGUUUGCUCUCUCCCCCCCCCCGCUAAUCAUAACACCCCCCAAGAGUGACAGACACAUAAAUAAGGACAGUUCCAUUGCUAGAGUUGGGAAGGGGGUUGAGUUUUGGAGGGGGGGUUCCCUCUUGAUUGUCAUCAUAAUAAGGCCUCCUCAAGCUAUCCGGUGUUUAUUUCUGCCCCUCCCCCCCAAAUUGAUCCGGGUUGGCGUUUUAUACCUAUUACCUGUUGAAGUAACCUAAAUUGACCUCGCUGGCGCAUGUAUUUGCUCAGAUAAGUGAAGAGGCUCCGUAGCGGGGGGGGGGGGGAGAGACAGAAGGAGCACCUAAGGGUAUUACUGCGCACCUUUCAUAACCCUGCUCCAUUCACUAGAUAUGAGGGUGUAUGUGUGUGCGUGUGUGUGUUUUCUCUCUUCCCCCUAUCCUCCUUCUGAGGGCUGAUUAUUUCACCUCCCCGUCACCCCACGAACCCCCCGAUUUCCUUGUCAUUUUCUUCCUAGCCUGUCUUGGUGUGGUGGAUUGAUGAAUCCAGAUCGCGUGUGAGAGCAAGCGAAAGAGAGAGAGAGAGAAAGAGAGAGAGAGAGAGAGAGAGAGAGAGAGCGCCUCACCACCGGGAUUUUGAGGAAUUUGCCUGUGGUGUUAAAGGGAAGGGAAGAAGUAAGAGAAACUGAGAGAGAGCUCUACCUAUCGACGGAUAUAAGAGAAGUCAAGAGCAUUAGGCAUAAUCAGCCAUACCCACUCAGGCACUAUGAAACGUCUUUGAGAGAGCGAGAGAGAGCGCGCGCAUUAAAAAAAAAAAAAAGGCACAACCAGCCACUAACCAGGACUUUGCAGAGUCCAGAGAGAGAGCGAGCGAGAGUCCUUAGCACUGAUCUCUUUAUAGAAUUAAAGACUUUUUUUUUUUUUUUUUUGCUGGUGGUUGGUGGUAAAAGGUUGGUUUCCUCCUUCCUUUCAUGCGAGAGCCAUGAGUUCCUACUUUGUAAAUCCUCUUUUCUCCAAGUACAAAGGCGGCGAGUCUCUGGAACCAACUUACUACGAUUGCAGAUUUCCACAAAGUGUAAGCAGAAGCCAUGCUCUCGUGUACGGUCCGGGCACCACGGCUCCCGGCUUCCAACACCCUUCACACCACGUCCAAGAGUUCUUCCACCACGGAACCUCCAGCAUCUCCAACUCGGGAUACCAGCAAAAUCCUUGCGCCCUGGCGUGCCACGGAGACGCUUCUAAAUUCUAUGGAUACGAAGCCCUACCCAGGCAAUCGCUUUAUGGUGCCCAGCAAGAGGCGGCCGUGGUACAAUAUCCUGACUGUAAAUCCUCUUCCAACAGUAACUCUAGCGAGGGACAAGGGCAUUUAAAUCAAAAUUCUUCUCCCAGUCUCAUGUUCCCAUGGAUGAGACCUCACGCUCCCGGAAGGCGCAGUGGCAGGCAGACUUACAGCCGGUAUCAGACCUUGGAGCUAGAGAAGGAGUUCCUCUUCAACCCCUAUUUGACACGGAAGCGGCGUAUAGAGGUCUCUCACGCCCUGGGACUGACAGAGAGGCAAGUCAAGAUCUGGUUCCAGAACAGGAGGAUGAAAUGGAAGAAAGAGAACAACAAGGAUAAACUCCCCGGAGCCAGGGACGAGGAGAAGACGGAGGAGGAAACUAACGAGGAAGAGGAAAAAGAAGAAGAGGAAAAAGAAGAAAGCAAGGACUGAUCUCUCUCAGCUCCUUGAAGUCCUCGUUUUAUGGCAGAUGAUAAAUCGAGAUGUUUACGACGGUCAUUCGCUUUUAUAGAGUAUAGAAUGGAGAGACUCACACACAACAGUAACUACCUGUCAAAAGAGUUGUAGCUCCCCCUUUUUAUUGUCAUAGGACUUCCCUUAGUUCCCCCCUUCCUUAUAGCAGCAUUUUUAAAUAAUAAUAAUAAUAAUAAUAAUAAUUUUAACUUUUUAAAAACAAAAACAUUUUUUUUUGUGUUCGGCUUCCAGUGAAAUAACUAGAGAACAGGACUGACUUACAGAUCCAGUCCUAAACCCAGCACUAUCUAUUUCCAGACGAAUGGACCUCUUCGCCAUCACCACCACCAGCAGUGACCCCACCUCCUUCUGUUCCUUCUUUAUUCUAGUUGUCAGCAAAUACAAGGAUCUUAUAUAUUUAUUUGGGAUAGGAGGGACUCCUAUUUCUUCUCGACCAGGUUUAACCCCCCCCCAAGUUUAAUAAUAUAAAAGGUAAAGGGAGGGAGGGAGGGAAUGUAUGAAAACGCUUUAUGCUUAGUCUUAACUUUAAAACAAACAAACAUCCCUAUCUACCUAUGUGCCCUUCUUACGCCAAGGUCCAUUUCUUCUUUUUAACUUUUAGCUGUGUCAAUAGCUACUAAAGGACAAUUUCUUCUUGGAAGAUGAAGGCUUGACACAUGCCUGAAGACAGCACCACAUGCUUAUUAGUUAUCUAUGAAUAUAUCUGUAUGUUGUGUCUACCUAUAUACGCCCUGCGGUUUGGCAGGAAAAAGCUAUAGCAUUAGGCAUUUUGGCUUGGAAGGAAGCCCCAGCCAAAUCAAUGGGACUUACGUUUGAGGAAACAUGCUUAGGAUAGCUGUGAAGGACACGGAACCACCUAAUGAUUUCUCUGGGUGUUGUUUACUAUAUUACUCGUGUGAGCACUCGAAAUUCUUAACAUACUACCUAAUGGGAAACCUGCAAUAAUCAUCUAUUAGCAACAAGGUGGGGGCUUACAUAUACUUAAAAUAAAAAACAAAAAAACUUGUUCGAAUCAUUUUAAAGAGGAGUUGUGUAUUGCCCUAAUGCAAGCUACUAAGUAGCAGAAAAUAAUAAUAAUAAUGAAAAAGAAAAAAGAAAAAAAAGAAAAAUACAAAAACCACAUUGUAAUGUAUCUUAUCACUACCUAUAGAAGGAGUCAUGCUUUGAAAGUAUUUGUAACGCGGUUUUGUUGUCGUAUGUUGCUGCUUAUUUUCUCUUGGAAAAAAAUAAUUCCCAACAACUAAAACUGCCUAGAUAAGAACGCACAGUAUUGUAUUAUUUUAUUGUGCUUAUAAUGUAGUUUAGGACUUAAAUUGCACUGAAUGUAUAGUUAUCUAUUUGUCUUGACUUAUCUGUUAAUGCAACAUGCUCGAAUUACACACACACACACUCACACAAAAAAACAUACACACUUGUCAUUGUUUUAUGUAAGCCAUCGUUCUCUGCGUGUUCAAAACUCUGAAUGUAGCAAUUUCUGCCAGAAAUCCAAUUCUGGCGACCGUGGAUUUGUAUUGUAUACGUGAGUCAUUACGUAAAUAAACAAUAAAAAUUGAGGGGAAGAAAA